AUGAUUUUGCCCCACGCGGCCGUCCGCUCUGCUCCAAGCGCUUUCGCUGGAUGCGCCCCGCCGGUCUACCGAUUCGCCCUCACCACCAAUGGCCAGUCCAUCUUCAGCCCCAGAGGCUACAGCCCGCAGCUGGGCUUCCGCCGCGCCGGGUUACUGCUCGGAAUCGGUUCCGAUGACUCGAAUGAAGAUGUCAUGACGACGCAUUGGAACUCCAUGCUGGACUCGACGCGGAAGCUCAAUCUGACGCAUGAGUCCCUCAUUACCUCGGACAAACCCUCGUCGACCGACUGGAAGUUGCUGGACAGGAACAACACUGUCAUCUUUAUGACUGCGCUCAAGUUCAACAUCUGA